AUGACGCAUCUCGGGGAUGUUGCAGCUGGGCGCAGAAGAGAAAAAGCGAAUGAGAAGGAAGACGACAAUUUCACACCCAACACGAUGGCAGGCGAGCACAAGAGAGAAAGGAGAAAGAUGGACCCACAUCCCAACAACACAAUCCUUGAUGGGUGUACAGUGUCCCCAGUGCCUACGGAUGGACACAAUGGGACCAGAUGCUUUGCAGAAUACAUCUCUGAAAUCGUCACCGGUAGCAUCACGCUGCUCAUCUGCCUGUGUGGACUGGUAGGGAACGGGGCCAUCCUCUGGCUCCUUGGCUUCCGCAUCAGGAAGAACCCCUUCACCGCCUACCUCCUGAACCUGGCCGUCGCGGACACCUGCUUUCUCCUCUGCACAUUGGCUUUCCUUGUAAUAUAUCACAUGCCCAUGCUCACCUGCUUUCAGCCAGAGCUUUUGCGGGUGCUGCGGCUAUUUCACUCCAUGGUUCUGCUCAUGUACAGCACCAGCCUCUACCUCCUCACGGCCAUCAGUGUGGAGAGGUGUGCAGGUGUCCUCUGGCCCUUCUGGAGCCGGUGCCACCGUCCGAAGCUCCUGUCAGCCGUCACGUGCAGCCUGUUGUGGGUCCUCGCCUGUGUGUUUGCCGGGCUGGUGUACUUUGUGUGUGACCUGGAUCACUCUAAACAUUGCUGGACAGUUCUUGGAACAUUGUGCUUUCUCAAUUUCUGCUUUUUCACCCCCCUUAUGUUUUUUUCCAACGUGAUCCUCUUCAUCAAGCUUAGGCGCAGCUCUUGGCAACAGCACCCAGCGAGGAUGUACAUUGUCAUCUUCCUCACUGUUUUCUUCUUCCUCCUCUUUGGCAUCCCGCUCAGUGUCCAGAUCUUCCUCAACUUCUUUGUCUACAUUAAUUUUGUCUUUGAGAUCUGCCUGUUGCUGGCCUCUGUCAACAGCAGCAUCAAUCCAGUUAUUUACGUCCUGGUUGGGAGCUAUGGAAAAUCCAGGUUCAGGGGAUCUGUCAAAGUGGCUCUUCAGAGGGUCUUUGAAGAUAGGGCAGAUUCCCAAGAGGUGGGUGAGACCCCUGUGAUGGGAAUUGCUGCCUAA